AAUCUGCAACAGAUGGAAUGAUACAUUUUGUUAAUACAGAAGGAAGCCAAUCAGCGUCAACAAGGCACAGCCUAAUAUGGGCGUUUUGGAUCAAGCAUGGAUCAAGCUUAGAAUCGUAAAAAAUCGGUCGAUUCUCGUUUCAUCGAGCAUUGCAUCGUUAGAAAUACGUCUAUUCCCGUUCCAGUAUGCCUUAUAUGGGCAAAGCUACGCCCAAUUACCCCGUAUACGGGCCUAAAGAAUUAACAUAAUGUAUCGUUCAUUCCGCCGCAGAUUCAUGUUGAUCCUGUUGCAGCGCAAUGAGCAGGCUGCACCGAUGCGCCUGGAGUAGCGAAAUGCUGCGUCUCUUCGGCUGGUCGUGUGGGAGGAGGAGGACCCCUUGUGAUCAUUUCUAUUUAUUUGUGCGCAAUGGAGAAGUAAAAAAAAACCCAUCGCAGUCUGCCAUAUAUAUGGUGGAUUCUCAGUGAGCAUUUUAAAUUUCCGAAUUUUAUUUUACGACUUUACAAAAAACAUAUUACACAUUCCGUCGUAUAUUGUAAGAUGCAUGCGUGUAGCUAAAUACAAUUUUGGUAAUAUAAGUGAUGGCAUUCUCAUGAAUUAAGGGCAGUUGAUCACUGUAAUUCGUUGCAAUGCGAUUUUUAGGAGGACGUUAACAUGUCAUUGAGAUUGAUUGUUGUUGUUGUUGGGCUCACGGGAGCACCCCGAGAUGUGACGCUUGGAGGGAUGUGAAAUGUAAAGGGGGUGGGAAAAGCGAGAGACACUUCCCACCCAUUACCAAACGCAUCAACGCGACGUCACAGCGCAUUAUCAUUUCCUUCGCAAUUUAUGCGCUUCCAGACGGUAGCAGGAGACACUGCCACCACGAGUGACCAAGCGCGUGACACCUGUAAAGUCUUGGCCGUGGCAGUUGCGGUUGGUGGUGGUUGUUGGUCAUCGUCCUUUUGUUUGCCCACGAAUGGUUUCAUCUGAAAGUGCGGCACGCCUCCGAAACCUGUAGCCUCUACCGCCAUCACUCAACACCGGCGCUUAACUGCAGCGACCGUUCAUUUAAAAGUUAGGAGGGGGUGCUCUCUGUAGAACUUGCUGGUUAGCGACGGGUUUGCUGUCACAUUUUUCCUGCAGGCUGUAUAAGUCCACGUUACAUACACAGCGUGCUCUAUACAUAUCCACAUUUUAAAUGCCACGUGAAUGUUUCAACUCUAGGUCUCACAACGUGUGCGUAAUUAUCACGACGGAGUAUUAGUUUGGGGGGAGGGGGGGUGGGGGUUUGGUUUUUGCUUUAGGAAAUUAGCCUAAAAAAAAAACAUAUCGGCUCUAACAUGGAUAGUUUUAACCCGAAAUUAGACGUGGAAAAUGCUACCACAAACCAGAGCCUGCUGGCUUGCUCCUGGGACUGGCCGCCUGCCACACACAACGGCAGCAGCGGCAGUCCCGUGCCUGGCGCGCCGGUAUGGCAUUGCCACAACACCAACAACGACGACGACGGUCCCGAGAUCGACAACCCGGCAACCCCGUCCACCAUCGCCAUAGUCAUUCCCAUCCUCUACUCGCUCGUGUGCGUGGUCGGCCUCGUGGGCAACGUUCUCGUCAUGUACGUCAUCGUAAGGUACACCAAGAUGAAAACCGCCACCAACAUUUAUAUCUUCAACCUGGCUCUGGCCGACACGCUGGCCACCAGCACCCUGCCCUUCCAGAUUGUCAACUACUUCAUGAGCACAUGGCCCUUCGGUCGCGUCCUCUGCAAGCUCAUCAUCUCCAUAGACUAUUAUAACAUGUUCACGAGCAUCUUCACGCUCACCAUGAUGAGCAUCGACCGAUACAUCGCCGUGUGCCACCCGGUGAGGGCGCUGGAUUUCCGAACGCCCGUCAAGGCCAAGCUCGUUAAUAUCUGCAUCUGGUCGCUGUCAUCUGCCAUCGGCCUGCCCGUCAUGAUCAUUGCGGUGACCAAGCAGGAUAAGAACGGCAACGUGGACUGCACGCUGGAGUUCCCCAUCUACUGGGACAACAUGCUGAAGACGUGCGUGUUCGUGUUCGCCUUCUUCAUCCCCGUGUGUGUCAUCACCGUCUGCUAUGGCCUCAUGAUCACGCGCCUGCGCAGCGUGCGCGUGCUCUCGGGCUCCAAGGAGAAGGACCGCACCAUGCGGCGCAUCACACGCAUGGUGCUCGUCGUGGUGGCCGCCUUCGUGGUGUGCUGGACGCCUAUCCACCUGUACGUCAUCGUCCGCGCCAUCGUGCGCAUCCCCGAGAGCGCCGUCGUGACGGUCAGCUGGCACGUGUGCAUCGCCCUCGGCUACGUCAACAGCAGCAUGAACCCCUUCCUCUACGCCUUCCUCGACGAGAACUUCAAGCGCUGCUUCCGCGAAUUCUGCUUCCGCCGCAACUUCCGACUGGACCUACCCAGCACGAGCCGUGUGCGCAGCAUCGCCCGCGAGGCCUCCUCCAUGAACAACCUGGACGGCAGCAACGACAACUCCUGACUAGGCGUGGAGAUGCGGGGCCACCGGACGCGCCCCCUGAGGGGAGAUGACACCGACGUCACUCAAGUAACCAGCGCCUUCUGAGCGCCUUCUGAGCUCUGAUGAGCGCCGACUGCUCGUCGAGCGUUUGGUCCUUUUUCGGUUGUAAAGCGGGCGGCUUUGCGGCAAAUUUUACGCGCCGUUGUGGUUUGGUUUUAAUUUCUUACGGAAGAUCGAGGACCGCAUGUUGUGGUGCCCUGAUUCGUUUGUCAAACCCUCCAAUGCUGAUCAUGGGAGUGAUUGUGUGUAAGCGAUGUGCAAAUCAGCAACGUUUCACAUAAGCUCGAGUAGGUGUUUAUCGUUGGAAAAUGUAUACAAUUGCAAUAGACAGCAUUGUAUAAAGGUAAUGGGGUGAUAUUAUUAUGAGCUGCAUAUAACCAAUGGGGUUUAUUUUUCAAAUGUGUUUGCCCGAAAUAUGCAGGGUGGUCACGUUAUUUUUAGAGUAGGUUAUGAAGUGUGCACAGAAAAUACCUUUACAUACUGAACUUUCGAAUACCAUGGUCAUUGAUAUCAAAGUAUGUACAGUGAGGGAAAAAAGGAUUUGAUCUCCUGCUGAUUUUGUACGUUUGCCCACUGACAAAGAAAUGAUCAGUCUAUAAUUUUAAUGGUAGGUUUAUUUGAACAUUGAGAGACAGAAUA